AUGAUUCAGCCUUCACACAAGCAACGCAUCGAUGACUCCCGACUGACCGCCCGAAGAGCACAAUGGGUUCCUGGUGGAUUUCCUGUGGAGCUGUUCGAGCUCGUCAACCAACAUCUAUCCCGUGACGAUAUCAAGUCGAUGCGCCUGGUGAGCAAGGAGUUCGAGCGUGGUGUAUCAGGCUCUCUGUUCGAUACUGUCGUCGUCCCCUUCAACGCAGAACUUUACGAGAUGAUUGAUCAGAAGAUUUACAGCGGCCAGGGGCUCAAGAUCUUUGAAGGCUUUGGUCACCACAUUCGUCGCUUCGGCAUGAGUUUCGAGAUCAAGGAGGAGGCACUCCGAAGCCCGCCUAGAAAGCACAAACUCGACAGCCACGAAAGCUACUUCGGCUGGUAUGAAUGGCCAUCGCAGGAGUACACGCGCUAUGAACUCCUUGCUGGUCUCGAGCGUACCGCAGACGAGACCUCACAGAUGAGGCUAGCCUUUUCGCACCUGCCUAGGGUUCAACAGCUUGCCCUUUCCAUGGACAGUGGUCUUGGUUGGAUGAGCGGACCCGACAAGUCACUACGCAGCAUGAUCUUGCAGCAACCUUCUCCUGUCUUUGGUUGCUCACACGGCAUAGUAGACACACAACAGCAAGAGCGCAUAAGACUCUGGGAGUCUAUCGAGUCAGCACAUGCUAGAAUGGGCGCCAUGGAGGAGUUGAAGGAGGGCAGUCUCGUGCGCGCUAAUUUGGAUGAGAACUUCUUCGACCGCUAUCCUUUCUCGACCACCUCUCCUGCCAACUUGGGCACUCACCAGAAGGAGUGGCUACUUGAGGCAGAAUGGGCACAGAGAGCGUUUCUUACCACAUACAUGCUCGGCAUCGUGGACAACAACGCAGUAUUUGACAAAGUCACGGUCCUGAGCUUCCGCAUGUCCAGCCAUCUUGUGCCGUUGCUCUCUCGUCACGACUUCUGGACCGCCCUUCCCAAGCUGCAAGAGGUUACACUUGCUGUCAUUCCUGACUGGCGCACUGUUGAGAGAGACGAGGCUGGCGUUGUCGAGACCAAGGAAAUUGAGCCUUCGAUUGCCGUCGACAAGACACACAGCCUUCUUCAGGAUUUUAUUGGCGCUAGAUCGAACAUCACUAAGCUCACCUUUUCAUGGGCCGCUGGUGGUGAGCAUGCUGAGGGCAUCUUCGCUCGCAACCACCAUAUCUUGCCUGCUCCCAUUACCACUAUCGCACGCUCAAUAGCCGUUGUGUUGAAGGACGAAGAUUUGAUCAAUCUGCCACACAUUACUGAUCUGACCUUUUCCAAUUGCUGGUUUACACCAGUGUCAAUCCUGGCAAUGAUUAAGAAGCUGCGCAAGAGGUCUCUGAAGAAGAUCAAGUUUGACUCUGUCUCUCUUACUGCUAUGCCACGCGCCAACGGAGUAAAUCAGAACAACCCAGGCAACCUCAACCAGAAUGCCCUUGCUCCUCACCAAGCUCCAGGACACCGCGUGGGUUCAUGGGCAAGGGUGGUCGAUCAGAUAAGUCCAGGACCUACUCUUGAGAUGUACAAGCCUCGUGGCGAGUUUGACCCGGCACCCAAGCCACGCAAGAAUGGUCUCAAUUCGGUCGAGUUCAAGUCUUGCGGCUACGUACAAGUCCGAUCCCCGACCUUUGGUGACCAGAACAAUGUCGACGCACAUGGAUCGUACCGUAUGAGCCGCUACUUCACUCGUCGCCAGGGUCUCCUGUCGCCGGCCAUGCUCGCUACUCCAGACAAGCUGGUGGGCACGAUUGUACAGUACAUGUCAGAGCACGAGAUGGAUGCUCUUGAUCAUGCUUGGGGCAUGACUAUGGGAUGGAACGACGCAAAGCUCGCUGAAGAGGCCGAGUACGACGGCUACCUCGCUGGAGGCACUGGCCGUUUCUCAGGCAGUGUGAGCAAGAACUCAACCGUGCAGGAGGCAUACUCAGCACAGCAAUCUUGA